AUGGCCCUUCGUCAAUUAGCUCGAGCUCAACCGUUGCUCGCCCGACCUAUUCUCGCUCCCAGAUCAGCUAUCAUCGCACCUCGAUUAGCUGCUUCCUUCACAUCUACACCCAGGCGAUCUGAUGUUCCCCCUCAAGCUUAUCAAAACCCUCCCGGUCAAGGUCCAAUCCCUCCCAACGGCACCAAGGUGAAGCCUGGAUUCUUCGCUCGUACUGGUAAAUUCUUCAGAACCUUCGGUCGAGUAACGCUGGUCGUCGUUCUCACCACUACCGGUGCUUUCCUCUACGUCACGCAAACCCAAAAAUCACCUCCUGAUCAACUUCCAGCCGACAAGGAGAAACCGACUUUGGUAGUUUUAGGAUCGGGAUGGGGUGCUACUUCAUUCCUCAAAUCGCUUGAUACAGAAGAAUUCAAUGUCGUUGUGAUCUCUCCAAGAAACUACUUCCUCUUCACUCCCCUCUUACCAUCUGUUACGGUCGGUACUUUGGAACCUAGAUCAAUUAUUCAACCUACCAGGUACAUAACGAGACACAAGAAGAGGAAGGUGGACGUGUAUGAGGCCGAGGCUCAGGAAGUUGAUCCAGUAAAGAAGACAGUCACUUUCCAAGAUCUCUCUGAUAUUAGAGGUGCCGCCGGAUCAGUCACCAUCCCAUAUGAUUACCUCGUAUAUGCCGUUGGGUGCGAAAAUCAAACAUUCGGUAUUAAAGGUGUCACUGAACACGCUUGUUUCCUCAAAGAAUUGUCAGAUGCCGAUAAGAUCAGAACCAAGCUUAUGGACUGUAUCGAGACUGCUGCUUUCAGAGAUCAACCCCAAGAUGAGAUUGAUCGACUCAUGCAUAUGGUCGUUGUCGGUGGUGGACCCACUGGUGUCGAGUACGCCGGUGAAUUGCAUGAUUUCUUGAUUGACGAUCUCAAGAAGUGGUACCCAGAAGUUGCCGAUCGACUUCGAAUCACUUUAAUCGAAGCUCUUCCCAACGUAUUACCAGCCUUCUCCAAACAAUUGAUCCAAUAUACCGAAUCUACUUUCGCUGAAAACAAGAUUGACGUGUUGACCCGAACGAUGGUCAAGGAUGUCAAGGACAGUUCAGUAGUAGUUCAAGAUGCUAACAAACAAAUGAGGGAAAUCCCGUAUGGAUUAUUAGUAUGGGCUACCGGAAACACUUCUAGACAAAUUACAAGGGACUUGAUGACCAAAUUAUCAGCUGUUCAAACUCAACGAAGAGGUUUAUUAGUUGAUGAUUACCUUUCGCUCCUUGGUGGUGAGGGAGUUUACGCCAUCGGUGAUUGUACUGCUACUUCCUACGCCCCAACUGCCCAAGUCGCUUCUCAACAAGGUAUCUACCUCGCUGGCAUCUUCCAGAAAUUAGGUCAAAAGGCUAAAUUGGAAAGGCAACUCGCUCAAUUACGAGCUGCACCUAACGCCAACCCGGAGGAAAUCGAGGCUACAGUGAAGAAAUUGAAUAGAGCUGCUAAAUUGACUCCGUUCCAUUACUCUCACCAAGGAUCCCUCGCAUACAUCGGUUCCGAGAAGGCUAUCGCCGAUUUACCAUUGUUCAACGGUAACGUAGCUUCAGGUGGUGGUGCCGCGAUGCUUUUCUGGAGAUCUGCCUAUAUCUCAACUCUUUACUCGGUCAGAAACAGGACUUUGGUAUUAGCAGAUUGGUUGAAAGUCAAGAUUUUCGGUCGGUAA